AUGUUAUCCGUAUCGUAGUAAGUUUUACUGUAUGUUCCUAUUUGCUUUAACCGAAGUCUAAAAGCAAAACAAGGAGGAGGAAAGUUUUCUUCCUACAGUCUUGUUAGGUCGGGAUUUUUGGGCAUCUGAAUUCGAGUGGAUAAAGAGGACGGCGAUGGACGCGGGCGAUUGGAGAAGUCAGCUGCAACCAGAUACUCGACAGAUGAUUGUUAACAACAUAAUGGAGACCCUGAGGAGGCAUCUUCCCUUCUCUGGACAAGAGGGACUACAAGAACUGGAGAAAAUUGCAGUAAGGUUUGAGGAAAAGAUUUAUACUACUGCCACAAGCCAGUCGGAUUAUCAGAGAAUAAUAUCUCUUAAGAUGCGGACAAUGGAGACAAGAUACCAUAACCACAUGGGCAAUUCCCUGCAGUCCAACUAUGCCAGUAAUUGCAAAAUUACCCCAGUUCCAGGACUCUUGUGAACUUCCUAGUUCAGGCAUUUAUAGGCGCAUACUGCCUAAGAUGGUAUAGUAACAUUGGAGAUUCAUCC